GCAGAAAUCCACUACCCAGUGGACAACUCAGAAAUGGGUGUCUGGAAAGUGAACAAGGCUGAUUACACAGAGAUAAAAUCUACCUGGGAGAAAGAUCAGGAACAAACAAGGUCACCACUACCCCAGGGCCUUGCCAUCAGCGGGAGCUCUGGCUUUCCUGCAGUCCUAUGUAUGCAACUUGAACGAUGGCUGCGUGAAUUCCUCCAACAAUGCCAACAAGCAUACGGAGCUGGGAGCCAAUUUCCAAGACUCGUUACUAAGUCAAAUUCUACAGGCAGCUGAUACCAUCACAUCAAGCGGAUUGAGCACAGAAGAACUGGUCUCAUUGGGAAAAGAUCUCCAGUGGAUAUUGUCUAAAGGGACAGAUCUAGCAAAACACACUGAUGAGUUUGAUACAGGAGUGCAAAGCUUAUCAGACGUCGUUGUGGAACAGACAAAGCUGAGAGACAAACUCACUGGCCAAGGUGUUGGGCUCAGCUCUAAAGCUGUUGAUGGACUCUUGGCUGCAAAGCUGGAUCCCAUGGCUAUCUUGACAGAUGUGAAUCAACAAAGAUUAGAGGACUUGUUUGCUGUUUUGGAGAUUGUCCUUGGUCUGUCUGCUUCUUCUGAUAUAUCUCUGUCAUCGGAAGAUGAAGAUCAGAUCAAGAAUCUGCUUUGCCAGGACAAGAUCUUGCUUGAAUAUUUGGAAUUUGAAAGCCCAGAACUAGGAGAGGAUGUCCAGUCUGAGGUGUGUCGUUUGAACUCAUCGCAGCUGGGACAGAUGGUAGAGGAUGUGUACUCGGAUUUGAACACUACAGAAAUCUAUGAAGAGUAUGAGCAUAUUAUUGACCCUCUAAAGGAUGCCUUUGGUGGACUAGGGAGCUUGACUUCGAUAUCUACAUUGACGAGACUUUUUGAAGAUUUUCAAACUUUGAGCAAGCUGGAUUCGAUUGCUCAGAACCUUGUGCAGUCCAUUCAAGACCUUUCUUGGGACAGCUUGCCAAGCCCUGGUGUAAAAGAUACGUCCAUUAAAUCCUCUUUAGGAGGCGUUCUCUGUGGAAGAGGCAAGAGUGCUUUCAACAUUCAAGAGCUAGAACAGAAGUUUUCUUAUCAGCAGAAGGUGCAGGACAGUCGGGGGAGUUUUGAUCCACGAUUUGAGAAUGUGAAGGAAAAGAUAGAGAAGAAGAGACUUGACCCAAGUUGUGCCUCACUGUUCAGCAGUUUUGAAUCCACUAUGAACAGCCGCAUCUUGUGGAGAGAGCUUAAGCCUAUUGUUCUGGGAGUGAUCACAUAUUCCCCAGACACACCUCUCACCAGAAAGAUUAUUGCCGAGGCUUCCGGAACUUUCAAAUAUUUUGAAUCCAUAGUGGAACUAUUGACAAACUUAGAGAAAAAUCUGCCUGACUUGGAGGAUUUCCUGCUCAAAGAUGUGUCUCCAAUGCAGAAAUUUCUUGAUAGUCCUGCUUGUUCAGUUUUUGCUGAAUUCAUAAUUUCUGCUGAAAUACGAGAAUAUCUGCCACAAGAAUUUACAACUAUUUUGGACUUGCUCCCAAAUAAUCCAUGUCAGUCUGUGAGAACUGUAUUGGAAGAUGACCUGUCCUUCAAUGCCACACAGGCGUACAAUGUUCUGGAUAAUGUGAGAGGAUUUCUAAAAGAUAUACUACCAUAUCUGAAGUGUUUCCGGCUGAAUAAGUUUGUUGGUUAUAAGAAUGCUCGUGAGCUAGAAGAGGAAAGUCUUUCACUCAUCGGGAACAAAACGCUCUUGGCUGCGAUUGCAUUUGACAACAUCAAGCCUGAUGACACCGAACUUCCUUCUGUGGUCAAAUACCGUAUCAGAAUGGACGUUGACCGUGUUGAAUCCACCAGCAUCACAAGGGACUCGUAUGUUCGUUUUGGUCCAGGAAAUCGUUAUAAACUGUUUGCUUACUGGUUCAUUGACGUACAAGAUAUGGUGGACCAUGCCAUCAUACGUCUCCAGACAGGUGAUGAGGGAUUGGAGAUGCCAGGAGUUUACACACAGCAGUUCCCUUACCCAUGUUGGACAGAGAACUGGUUUGCCUUCUCCAUGGUGGAAACCAUGCCUCUGUUUAUGAUCAUCUCCUGGCUCUUUACUGUGGCCAUGAUCAUCCGAGGUAUUGUCUACGAGAAAGAGACACGGCUCAAAGAGGUCAUGAGGAUCAUGGGUCUUGGCAAUGGUUUACACUGGCUGGCCUGGUUUGUCCUCUCCUUGGUGGUCAUGAUGGUCUCAUGUGUCAUACUCAUCAUUAUGCUCAAGACUGGUCGCCUCUUACAGCGUGCAGACAUUGGUAUCUUGUUCUUCUUCAUGCUGGGUGUCUGCAUGUCCACCAUCAGCCAGUGUUUCCUUAUCUCGGUUUUUUUCAACAAAGCCAACCUGGCAGCUGUCUGUGGCGGUUUCAUCUACUUUAUCUUGUACCUGCCUUACACCCAGCUUGUGCAAUGGGUCGGGCAGGCAGAAACAUGGCACUUCAAUCUUGCGUGUCUGUCCUCCAAUGUUGCAAUGGCUAUGAGCUGCUACUACCUGUCUAUCUAUGAAGAGCAAGUGGUGGGUGCUCAAUGGGGCAAUAUAGGGACCAGUCCGGUGGUGGAUGAUGUCUACAGUCUCCGCUCCAGUAUCCUCAUGAUGUAUGUCGAUGCUCUCAUCUACCUCAUUCUGACCUGGUACAUAGAGGCUGUCUUCCCAGGUCAGUAUGGGAUGCCUCGUAAACCAUGGUUCUUCCUGCAACGAUCCUACUGGUGUGGUCAUGCGAAGUCACACUCUACUGAGGCUGGUGGUCAAGUGGCCAAUGGGCAUGCAGCAGUGUCCAGUCAUGACAUUGAGAAGGAGCCAGCAGACCGCCGUGUGGGCGUGGCAGUGCGCAACUUGUGCAAGGUGUAUAACAAAGGUGACAAAGUGGCCGUGGAUGGCCUGUCUAUCAACUUCUUCGAGGGGCAGAUCACAUCAUUCCUGGGACACAAUGGCGCUGGCAAGACGACUACCAUGAGUAUUCUGACGGGUCUGUUCCCUCCAACUUCGGGCACUGCUCUGAUCUAUGACCAGGAUAUCCACACAGACUUUGACCAGAUUCGGAGUAGCCUGGGCAUGUGUCCUCAGCACAAUGUACUUUUUGACUUGCUGACGGUUGAGGAGCAUAUCUGGUUCUAUGCUCUUCUCAAGGGCUGCUCCAAAGACCAGGUGGAGAAAGAGCUGGAGCAGAUGCUGGAGGAUGUUGGCCUACCUCACAAGCGUGAUGUGACGUCAGUUACAUUGUCUGGUGGCAUGAAACGAAAGCUUUCAGUAGCUAUUGCCUUUGUCGGUGGGUCCAGGACUGUGAUUUUGGACGAGCCUACAGCAGGGGUAGACCCAUAUGCACGGCGUGCCAUCUGGGAGCUGUUGCUGAAGUUUAAAAAAGACCGAACUAUCAUCUUGUCCACCCAUCACAUGGAUGAAGCAGAUGUACUCGGAGACCGCAUCGCUAUCAUCUCGCAUGGCAAGCUGUGUGCUGUCGGCUCCAGCCUUUUCCUCAAGAACAGAUUUGGCAGUGGUUACUACCUCACCCUGGCCAGGGAAGACAAAAGCAUGACUGGCUCAGACAAUAGUGGACCUGAUGACUUACUAGGAAAGGAGGCAGUCACAACAGACAUGAUUCAGCCUGCAGUAGAUGGUGAAAGUGCUGAAUCUGAUGAGGGUAAAACUCGGGAGAGUGGAGAAGUAGGCACUGCAGGGUUCUCAGUGUCGCGAGUGGAGGCGUUCAUCCAGAAAUUUGUUCCAUCGGCCACUCUGGUGGAGGACAACAGCAUGGAAGUUUGCUUCCGCCUGCCAGAAGACGAUGGUCACUCAGGAAAGUUCCAGAAGUUGUUUGCUGCCUUGGAAGUAUCCCAUAAGGGCCUAGGAGUCUCUAGCUAUGGUGUGUCAGACACCAGUCUGGAAGAGGUCUUCCUGAAGGUGGCUGAUGGUGUUGUUGAAGAGGAUGAGCUUUGCAGAUUAAACGUGGAAGAGAUGUCAGAAAAUGGACGAUAUCCUCAACGUGCGACUAGGAAUAGUUUUGUCAAUCGGUUCAAGAGUUCUGUCUCACGGCUGCGUAGAAAAUCAACCUUGAGGACAAAACUGAUCUCAGACGAUGAUGGAGAAGAAAACAAUGGAGAAACUCUAGAAGAAGAAGGUCUAGGUGCCGAAAGUUCUGAGGGCAGCUUUGGUCAAAAGGAGACCCAAACAUGUGGCAAGCUCCUCAUAGUACAACAGCUGAUGGCUCUGAUCAUCAAACGUUUCCAUCAUGUGAGGCGCAGCAAGAAAAGCUUCAUCUGUGAGAUUCUACUUCCAGCUGCCUUCAUUUGUCUGGCAAUGGUGGCCUCAUUGGUCAUCCCUCCAUUCUCUGAGGAUGACCCUCUAGAGCUGCAGCCAUGGAUGUAUGAACCUUCUACUGGCAGCUCUUCCCUCUACUCCUUCUACAAUAAUGUAAAUGCUAGUGACCCUGUUGGUGCAAAUCUAGUGAACUCGAUGCUGAAUAUGCCCUACUAUGGCACCCGUUGUAUGAACCCAUCAAAGCAUUCUAUCAGCCACAAGCCUUGUCUGCCUCCUCUCACUUAUGCAUGGAGCAAACGAUACCUUUCACAGGACUUGUCAAAUAGUUCUCAGUGCUCAUGUGCUACAGGUGGUCAGGUCUGUACUCAAGAUUUUGAAGAGGAGCAUCCUUCAAUGAAGAAGCUGAGAACCAACGACUUGUUUUGGAACAUGACAGGAGAGGAUUUACCAGGUUGGCUUGUCAGAACCAGACAUCUAUAUGAACAGAGAAGCUUUGGAGGCUUCACCAUGGGGGAGAGAAACAGACUGGCGGUACUGAGCGAGAAAGAGAUCAAAGAUGUUUUGGACCAACUUGCUGAGUCGGCCGAGGGACAGCUUGAUGGUGUCAAAUCUUCAGAUGACUAUUGGAGACAGCUGGAGCUAGUUUUGAAAGGGGGAUACACAUCUAGUAGUGUGAAGGUAUGGUACAGUAACCGUGGUUUCAUGUCUCCGCUGGCCUACCUGAAUGCUAUGAACAAUGUCAUCUUGAGAAGUCGACUUCCAGCAGGCUCCAAUCCCCUGGACUACGGCAUUGUCACUACCAAUCAUCCCUUCAAGUUUACACGAGAACAGUUCAACGGGCAAGGAGUGUACCAGAGUGGCAUUGUUGACCUGGUGGUCGCAGUCUGCGUCAUCUUUGCCAUGUCCUUCAUCCCUGCCAGUUUUGUCAUCUUCCUCAUAGAAGAGCGUGUGUCAAAGAGCAAACAUCUGCAGAUGCUGUCAGGUGUCAAUCCCAUGACCUAUUGGCUGGGCAACUGGAUAUGGGAUAUGCUCAACUAUGCCAUCCCAGCUGUACUCUGCUUACUCAUCUUUGUGGCUUUUGACAAGGAAACGUAUGUGUCCGAUAAAAACUUGCCUUGCCUUGUGGCCCUCCUGUUCCUGUACGGAUGGGCCAUGAUCCCAAUGAUGUACCCGUUCUCUCAUCUGUUCUCUGUGCCGAGCUCUGCCUUUGUGCUACUGUCCUGCAUGAAUGUCUUCCUGGGAAGCAUCUCCACACUAGCUACUUUUGUCCUGGACACUAUGGCCUCCUCGAGUUUGCAAGAGACCAACGCGGUGCUGAAGAAAAUUUUCCUAGUCUUCCCUCACUAUUGUUUGGGCCGGGGUCUAAUGGACAUGGCAUACUAUCAGCUGCAGUCAAAUGUUAUCUCAAGAUAUGGUGAAACACUGGAAUACAGCUUGUUUGAGUGGAACAUCGCAGGAAGAAAUAUUUUCGCUCUAGUCCUGCUAGGUUUUGUGUUCAACUUUAUCAACUUGGCUAUAGAGUACAGAGGACAAAUAAAAGCCUUAGUGAAACGUAAACCAAUCCUUAAAAGAGGGCGUCAACACCUGGACAUUGACGUGAUGCGGGAGAAGGAGAGAGUUGUGUCAGGGGCUGCAGCCUCAGACAUGCUCCGACUACAGGGACUGACAAAGAUGUACAGCAGUCCUGGCAAGAAAGUGAGCCUGACUGCAGUUGAUCGGUUGUACAUUGGAGUACCCAAGGGUCAGUGCUUUGGGCUUCUCGGAGUGAAUGGGGCAGGCAAGACGACAGUGUUCAAGAUGCUGACGGGGGACAUCAGUGUCAGUGAAGGCGAUGCUUUCAUUGACCAGCAUAGCAUUAAGAAGGAUCUGAGAGAAGCUCAAAAAGUGAUCGGCUACUGCCCCCAAUUUGAUGCCCUCGACCCACUGCUCACUGGACAGGAACAUCUACAGUUUUACGCCAGGAUCAAAGGCAUUGCCACUGCUCAUGUAAACCAGGUGUCAAGCUGGGCUACUAAGAGACUGGGUCUGUCCCGGUAUGCAGACAGAGUAUCCGGCAGUUACAGCGGAGGAAACAAACGCAAACUGGCCACAGCCAUUGCCCUUAUCGGAAAGCCGUCAGUCAUCUUUUUGGAUGAGCCCACCACAGGCAUGGACCCGAAGGCACGCAGGUUCUUGUGGAACUGCAUAAACAACAUUGUCAAGUCAGGAUGUUCAGUCAUCCUCACCUCUCACAGCAUGGAAGAGUGUGAAGCCCUCUGCUCCAGACUGGCUAUUAUGGUAAAUGGAUCAUUCCAGUGUCUGGGCAGUACACAGCACCUGAAAAAUAGGUUUGGCAGUGGUUACACAAUCACAUUACGUGUGGGUGGAGAGACACCAAAUUUGGCACCUGCCAUGGGUUUUGUCACCGCUGCACUCCCAACUGCAGCUCUGAAAGAGAAGCACCACAACAUGCUACAGUAUCACCUGAGCCUGUCUGGUGUGGCACUGAGUCAGCUGUUUCACACCAUGGAGGAGGCAAAGUACCGUGGGCUGCUAGAGGAUUUCAGUGUGUCUCAAACCACUCUGGAUCAGGUUUUCAUCAACUUUGCCAAAUCGCAAGCCGACCUGCUGGACUAUGAAUCUCAAAACACUCCCAGCAAUGGUGCUAGCCAAGCCACUGUUGUGUCUGAUGACAUGACUGCCAGUGGCACAAGUGCUGUAGGAGUGGACCUCAGCAAAGUUUUCCAUACAAAUUCAACGCCAAGUGAGGAGAGAGGACGUACAGACUCUUUCAAUCCUUCCUGUGGUACCAUAGAACUAGUGCAGCCCCAUAGUGACGCUGAGAGUGGGCUGAGCACAGAGGUCAGAGGCCACCGUUUAGGCUGGACAACAUUCACCAAUGAAGCUUUUGCCUGAUUCCUCGGCCAUUUGUGUUCAUUUACUCCGUAAGCUUUGGGUAUCCCUCUGAAAAUUAGAGGGACUUUGGUUUAGCACUGGCUUUUAGACAAGUUUUACUGCUACAUUGGUGGUUUGGGGUUUGAAGGGGAGGUGGGGGCUAGGAAAGGGUGAAUGGAAAAGGGGAGGGAGAAGGACAGGGGGAGUCGAGGGGCAAAAAAAAAAGCAAUCAGUAAACCUGGUCAGCAAGAAAUAAAAACCAAUACCAUGUUGCUCUGGGCCUUGGGACUGAUAAGUCUUUGAAGUCUGUCCAGGAACCAGAAAUCCAGAAAUGUUAAUUGGAGCUCAAAGCAGUGUACUUUGUAGCUGUGUUGAUGUAUCUCAAUUUUCUUGCUUUCAGUAAGGAUGCGUGAUAUUUUUUGCUGUGAAUGAACAUGUAUGCCACUGUAUGGGCAUGUAGGCCUAUAUCUAAAGUGAUUUUUAAUUAAAUAUAUUCUUAAGAAAAUGUGGUUAUGAUGUGUAAUUAACUUCAAUUUGCUAAAGGUUUCUCCACUUGUUACACAUAAUUAAUAUUCCACAUACAUUCCAUUGAAGGUGCGCAAUGUCUAGACUUGUGUUGAAGAUACACACCAGUACGUUAGUGUGAAUCAACAAACGCAUAAAACUUUGAAUUUUGAAAUAGGGUUAUGAAAUUUGUUUGUUCUGUGGAAAGUGCUUAGUUAUUAGUUCAUAUUCUGUGAAUGUGUUUGUGUAUGUAUGUGUGUGUGAGUGUGUGCAUAUGUGUGUGUUUAUAGUGUGUAUGUGUGUGUUUGUAUGUAGUAUGUGUGUGUGUUGGUGUGCAAGUUUAUGGGAAAAUUUUUGUGUUUGUGCGCACGCGCGUGUGUGUGUGCGCACUUAUGGGUGUGAGUGUGUGUACUGUUUACUUAGAGAACGAUUCCUUCUGUUCACUUUGAGAACUAUUCCGUCCAUACAGACUGUUACUGGUCUCUUCUUUUUCUUUAGACAGUUUAUACAUUGUUGGUAGAAUGUGAUUUACUGUAACAGCUGUGUGAUACAAUGUUUUUUGUAUUCUCUAAAUUGCCAUAUUGUUUGUUAUUUAUUACUUUUCAAAAUAAUUCAUUUAGAUAGAAGUGAAAUGGGAUGGAGAGAAAAACCAUGGAGAUAAUUUUAAUUGUCAUCCUUUGUUAUUGCAUUUUUUUUAAGGGAUGGUAUAUCUGGGUUUGUAUUCAAAGAAUUGUAGCUGUUGAAACUACUUUAUUCUUUAUUGAGGACACUUGAGAGUGAGAUAUAUGUAGUGUUAACUUUCAUUGUAAGUGAAAUCUUACAAUACAUGAUUUCUAUGAAGAAGAUUGGAUACAAUAAGUAUGAAGAUGUGUAACAUAUUAAUUGACUGAUUUGCUGUACUGGUUUUCAUGACCUGUAAACAAAAUUUUGUUGUUAGUAUUUUAUCAUUUUUUUAGAAAGCCGUGUUUUUUGUUUUUAAUCCAAAUGAGAUUAGCAGAGGUCUCUUGAAAACUUCUUAUCAACUGCAUAAUUUGCUUCUUUGUUUUGUGAAAAAGAUUCUGUAUGGAUGAAUAAGAAAAAAAAAAUAAUGAUCCAAUAUGAAAUACGAAUGUAAUAUUGUAGGCCUACCAGUUGUGAUCUUCUUUCUGUCAAGGGUCAUGCUGCGGUACCCUUUGAGUUAUUUAAAGUGCAUUUUUUAAGUUUUCUUUUUUGCAUAUAGUUUGUUCAUUUUACAUUCAAGGUUUUUUGCCUGUCCUUAUCCGGAAUUGAUUCCACUUAUAAUAUAUGCACAGAGCUUUUAUUGUGUGCCACAGUAUGAAUUGGUGCUCACCAAUACUCACUUCAAUAUGUGUUGGGCUCAUUGAAAGAAAAUGCCAAAUAUUCUGUGCUCUUGACAUUAACUGAGCAUUGGGGGGGGGUAAAAAAUAAAUAAAUAAUUUCAGUAAAGAAUAAAAAUGUUCUUUUAUGAUUAUUUAGCACCAGGAGGUAAUGGCAUUACAACUGCAUAUAUCAGAUCAAAAGCUGUGAAUAUUAAUUUUUCUGUGUAUGUGAAAUGAAUUUCUGUAUUAUUUAAAAUAUAAUCUUAGUUCGAUAUAGGUUUGAACUAAACUCACAGUAAGACUGGCCUUAUUAGUGCCACUGCUCCUAACAUUUUGAACCUUAGUUCUUCUGGGAUUGAUCUGUCUCUUUCCAUUGAAUACCAGGUCCCUUCUCUGAUUCUCAAUGGCUAUUCUUCAUUGGUGUCUUUUGUACAAAUGCUAUCUGAUGAUUUCUUAGAUUCAAGGUUGUCAAAAUGGUCAACAUUCCCUAUGGAGCUUUUAACUUUGUGCGUAUUGCUCUGCUUGUUAUAUUUACUUUGUUUUAUUAUGUCUAACAAAGUUGCUAUUGCACAUCUAAGAUAUUUGUGUUCAUCCACUUCAUUUCUUACUCUUAUUUCUCAUAUGACUGCCUCUCUCUUUACUCACUAUGGGUAAAGGCUGAAUAGAGAAACUACAUUAUUUAUGACUAAUCACUGCAUUUUCUACUAUCAUGAUAUGAGUAUGAGUGUACUUGAUGACUGACACAUUUUGUUUAUGAAUUUUUCUUUUACUGAUAUUAUGUGGACUUGAGUUUUGUCUGAGUUUUGCAUAUAUACUAUACACACACACACAUACACACAUGUGCUCUCUCUCUCUCUCUCUCACACACACACACACACACACACAAAUACAGGCACACACACACACAAAUACAGACACAUACACACAUGAAUAUUAUAUACCAUAAGCAGUAUACAGUCUAGCAUGCCUAACGAGCAUACCCUUAACAAAACGGGCACAAAGCAAACAGAUUUUCAGGUUCCUAAUUUUUUUUUAACACAUUCUUUGUAUUAAAAAAACACACAUGGCAAAAUUUGUAUACGGUGAAAAGAUUUCCAUGUCCCGCCAGUUUCACUAUGUGUGCAUUAGACUUACACUGUACAUGAUCAUUUAAAGAGAAUUAUCCAAGUUUAUUUUGCAACAGUUUAACAUAGAAAGCAAUAGAAGACUCCAGCUAAGUCACAUAGACUGUACAUGAUCAUUAAAAGAGAAUUAUCCAAGUUUAUUUUGCAACAGUUUAACAUAGAAAGCAAUAGAAGACUCAAGCUAAGUCACAAGUAUUCUACUCACAAUUUCAAUUAACUUUUAUUUCCUGUCUUACAAGUGUUCGAUGUGGCCACCGCCAGCAGCACGAGUAAGUUCAAUGCAAUAAGAGAAUCCAUCCCAGAUGCAUUUCAGCCUAUCAUGGCCCUUUAAAUUGAUCGCUGUUGUAAGUCAAUGAGGUUAGUGGGUAGCGGUGGAAAAUAAACCCUAUCUUUUACAUAUCCCUACAAGAAAAAAUUACACAUGGUGAGGUCUGGGAGAUCUUUCAGACCAGGCACAUAGAGCAAGGCCCCUUUCCAAGCCCCUCUCCAACCAAUCCAUCACUGGAGCACAGCUAUUCAAAUGAUAGAUAACUCCUCUUUCAAAUGGUCACUGACUCAUUCCAUGAUGAUACUUCAGAACUGAAGCAAUACGUCAUAAAAUUAGUUCAUUCUUUUUUAUUCAAAUUAAAACUUUAGAUAACUCCUCUUUCAAAAGGUCACCGACUCAUUCCACAAGAAUGCUUGAGAACGGAAACAAUGAUUCAUAAAAAUCAAUUAGUUCUUUUCAAAUCACCUUGUAUAUUCUUUUGGUUUUUAUGUAUGCGCUUGUGGACAUAUCGGUACAAGCAUGCAUUCAAGCCUGUUAGUUUUUAUGUGUAAGUGAGCAUGCUGUGUUCAAAUUUGAGUUAGUUCCUUCUUAGAUGAAGUGACUUCUGUGCCAUUUCUUUCUGACAGAAAUGUGUUCUGUCAUUGAGCUUUGCUGGUCUGCUUGGCUGACGUGUUCUGAUUUCCUCAGAUUUAUUUAUGGUCCCUGCAUUUAUCUCAAUUUGCAAACCUUCCACUCUUUGGUUCAGUUGCUGAAUGUAUUGCUCAAUGUGACAACCUGCAGUGAUGCAUAUUUGCGAUAUAUGCAGAAUAAUUGUGUGUGGCGAUUUGCUGAAGCAUAUUAUUAUUAUUAUCAUUAUUUUUUUUGUCUAUAAUGUAAGUUGUAGUCAAACACAAUAUCCAUUUGUAUGGAAUGAAAGGAAUGUAAUUAAAAUUUUCACUUUUAUAACACUU